AUGAAGUCCGUCGCAGCUUUCUCCACACUUCUCGCCUACGCAGCGGCCCAGACUACAUACUUUGGCGUCAUCUCCUCCCGCAGCGCCUCUCCCAUCCAUCUCUUGCCCCUACAAGCAAACGGCGGGAAGUUCUUCCUCGGUGGCACCGCCUCAGGAUACUGCCCCUCUGAAGCCAUCGGCGACGAGACCUGCGCACAUUACCCAGGGAACUCUACCACCUUCGCAGGCGGCGAUGUUUCGCUCAGCCUAGGCGUCGUUGUUCCUGGCGGCCAGCAAGUCUACGUCGCCCCCGACGGCACUCUGAGCUACACCCAGGCGCAUUCCGCAUUCGUUCCCGAAGGGAGCGUGCGCACGGGCUGGAACAAAACGGAGCGCAACGACGGAAGCAACCUGGGGAGUCUCUCCUUUGAGGGCGGGCUCGUGGCAUGCCCUAGGAACGAGACCCAGCCGUGGCAGGUGUAUGGGCAGAUUGAGAAUUUCACCGCACCUGAGGGAUGCCUCGGCUUUGGUGCCGUUACUUAUACCGCUUCGGACGCCGCGGCAUGGCAGUAUUAG